GCCUCCAAGUUCUAACCCUGAGAUUUAGAAGGGAAGUUGCAGCCGAGAUUUCAUGGCGGUUCAGAAGCUUCAAGCGCUGUUGAAACACGCCGCCGGCCGUAGAACAAUUCACUUCUGGGCCUGUACAUCUAAACGAGGUAUCAGCACAACAAAUGUGGCUGAGUUCUCAGCACAACCCAAAAUGCUUUCUCAUCCUAAGCAAAUGGCUGUUGCCUGCACUGGACCUUUCUGGUCACGCUACAGCAGAGUAAUUGCACAGGCCUUACCUAGGCAGGUGACAUUGCAUCACUCAAUCCUCAAUUCUCAGCAAUUUGCAAUCUCAUCAUCAGCUUCCCCCCAAACCAGUGAGAAAGAGACAAACCAAGCUGGGGAAGACGAUGCAGCUACUGUAGAGAAAAAUAAUGCUUCUACAAAUGGAGAGGCUGCAGAGACAAGUGCUGAUAACAAAGAUGCAGGUUCUAAUUCGGAACUGAAAACUCCUUCCUCUCAAUAUGUUAGGAGGAGGAGGAGCAGGGGUACUAAACGAACUGCGUUUUCUGAUUCAGAGAACGAAGAUGAACUUUCUUUUGAUGAUCUGGUAAAGCUUGUUGCGGAGAAGGAAGAAUUGCUGAAGACUAAACACAAGGAGAUAGAGAAAAUGCAAGAUAAAGUUCUACGCACUUAUGCAGAAAUGGAAAAUGUGAUGGAUAGGACUAGACGUGAAGCAGAGAACUCCAAAAAAUUUGCUAUUCAAAACUUCGCCAAAUGCCUGUUAGAUGUUGCAGACAAUUUGGAAAGAGCUUCUUCAGUUGUUAAAGGUAGCUUUUUGAAAAUUGAUGCAUCCAAGGAUACAGUUGGAGCCAUGCCACUUCUAAAAACACUUCUGGAAGGUGUGGAAAUGACUGAUAAACAGCUUGCAGAGGUGUUUAGAAAGUUUGGUAUGGAGAAAUAUGAUCCGAUGGAUGAGCCGUUUGAUCCAAAUAGGCAUAAUGCAGUAUUCCAAAUGCCUGACGAUUCCAAGCCUCCCGGCACAGUUGCUGCUGUCCUGAAGUCGGGAUACAUGCUGUAUGAUCGAGUUAUAAGGCCAGCAGAAGUUGGUGUUACUCGAGCUUCAGAGAACAAUAAAAAUGAAGAUGACCAAAGUUCAGGAGCUUGAAGAGUUAAAAGAACAGGUUUAUGGUAGCCAGUUUUGCAUGGAGUGCGUCUCAUAGAGAAUCUGUACACUUUGCC